AAAGAAGGAAUAACAUACGAAUACGAUAGAAUACCUCAACAGAUAUAUCUAUUUAAACUAGCAAUAAUAUCAAUAAUCAACACGAUAAUUGAAUCAAAACAUCUCAAUAAUAUAAUUGAAGAAAAAGAUAUUGGAAGAAUAUUUAACUUCAAACGAGAAACUAUCUCAUUAUAUCAAUUUUAUGAAAUACAAUUUCACCCUUAUAUAAGACAACUACUUUACCAAGUAAGACAGUGUUUGACUUAUAACAAUUUAAAAGAAUUGAUUGAAAUACUUACAAACGAUAAUCAACAACUAGAAGAAAAGAAUAUUCUGACAUUUGAACAACAAAUUGAACAACUUAACCAAACCAAAAAAAAAUAUUACCAAGACUACGAUAUUGCAGAAAAACAAAGAGAAUUUUUACGGAACUUAAUCCAGAAAACAGUAAACCAAAAGCUAUACGAAAUAUCUGAAGAAGCCAAAACAGAAGAAAUAAAUAAAUAA